AUGCCACCCAAGAAACCCCCCGACGUCGCUCUCCACCACAAAUGCCUGGCCUACGUGAGCAAGCUCUUCAAAGAGCCUAGGACCCGUGAGGACGUCAAGCUCCGGGCUCUCAGGAACAAGGAAACCGAAUGCACCGUGGUCAAGACCAGCCUGAAAAGCUUUUGCAAGGAGGCUGCCGAGGCCCUUCCUCUAGAGAGCGUUCUCAAGGAAGUGAAUAAGGCCAUUUGUGAGGCCUAUGUCCUUGCUAACCUGCAUGUAUUGCGGCUGUGUGAGUUGGGUCGAGAAGUACCACCUCUGGACCAGCCCUUCUUCUACAGUUGCCUCUCUGCUGUCAGCGUGGCCGGUAGGCAGAAGAGCUCCGUCAAAGACCUCUACCUCAGCGAAACCGUGGAGCUCUACCUGGCAUCUCGCCCUGCUAACUAUGCGCCUCCAGACUGCGAGCACCUCUCCUCCGGCUGGUACCAGAAUGCGAGCCUUCAGAUGGCCACGUGCACCAAGAACUCUAUUACCACGAACUUCUAUAAGCGCUUCAAGCGCUACCUGAAGCACAAGUACUCACUCGACGGCCCUUCAUGCUACGCAAAGAUGCGAGACAUGUUUGCCGACGAGUACGAAGGCGACGAUCCUCUGGUACUAAGGUACCGAGCCAUGCUUCCGAAAGCCACCACCGGCAGGGCGGACUCCACUCCUCACAUCCUCAUGCCGAUGCAAUACAUCUUCCUGCGCUACAUGGAGUCGCACCAUCCUCUGUCUGAAGCCGAGCUGAAAAAGGGCAAGCAGCUGAGGCUCUUCAGUCUCCUUCCCACGAAGAGCGGCUUCGAGUGCAAUCACCUCAAGAUGUGCACCAACGGACUCUAUGGGCUUCUCAAGAGGGGAGGGGUCAAGCUGCCUGCAUUCGGAGCAGAGUUCAGGAAGGUGGCUGACGACUACUGGCGGAACCUCUUCGACAUUGCCAAGUUCGAGACAUGCAACCGCAAGUUUGCAGGCGAGAUCCUCACGGACGGAAAGGCCGUCUGCAUCGUGUUGAGGAAGCCCAAACCCAAGCAAGCUUCAGGCGAAGCAACGCUCCCCGGCCUUACGGGCGAAGAGGAGCUGUGGGGCCUGGAUCCCGGCAGGCGAGACCUCUUCGUCAUGGUCAACGAGGAAGGAGAGAAGCUGAAGUGCUCAACUCGAGAGUUCUACGGCGAUGCCAAGUACAAGCACAGCAACGCCAAGAUCAAGCGGUGGUAUGACGGGAGCCCGGAGGUGCUCGAGGCCAUCCGGAACAUGCCCACCAAGAAGACCUCGGAGAGCACCAAGUUCCUGGCUUACGUGCACUUCAUGCUGCCCCGGUUGGACAUGCUCCUAGUCUACCACAUGAGGCAGGGAUUCAGAGGGCUCAAGUUCAAGCGGUACAUCUCGGCGCAGAAGAAGCUGCAUGCGCUCUGCAAGGCUAUCACCAGGCGAGUGGGUCACAAGACGGUGGUGGGCUUCGGAGACUGGUCCAACAAGGACUCCGGAGGCAUCAUCAAGGGAUCUCCUUCCGGGCCCGUGAAGCGGCUGGAGCGCGAGCUUCGCAAGCAUUGCAGGGUGGUCUCGAUGGACGAGUUCAGGACGAGCAAGCUACACUUCGAUUGCAAGACGCAGUUGCACAACCAGUACUCGGAGAAGCGGUGCAAGGAUGGGGCGGUCAAGACGUUCAAGGUUCACAGUGUGCUCCACUGCAGAAACAGUGGCUGUCAUGGCAUGACGACCGAGAGCCGUCAGCUUGCGAAUGGCACCGACCCUGGUCUCGUAUUGGAGAAAGUCUGCUGCAUCAUCGAUGAGUAUCGGAAAGCCCUCCUCCGAAGACCAAGCCUUGACGAGUGCCUCUCCUAUCCCGACCUUGUUUUCGAGGUCAAUUCUCUGCAUGAUCGGGCUCGCAAGGACGCUUUGAGGGAGGGGAAGAGGGGCCAUGUCGUCGAAAGCGACUGGUACACUCAGAAAUCAAUCACUUUCCUAAGCCGAUGA